AUGGGAAAUGCAGACGUCAGGAAGGUGUAUUUUACGUUUAGCGCGGUAUCCGGUAUCGUUCACAGGGAGAGGCGGCCGCUCGAUCUGGAGGAGCUGGCAAAAUCCAUACCAGGAGGCGGCAGACCCGAGCACGGCGCCCAGAGCGUGCUGCAGCAUGUCCUCUCCUACAUCGAGUUUCUCCAGAGAAAGAUCCGGGAAGCUCAGAGCCGACUGAUAGCCCCCAAAAGUUCUCAAGGAGCCCUUCUGCCGCUGUGGACGCCGGGAAUUACACGGAACCCGAAUGUGACGCCAAAGCGAGGGAAAGCUAGCAGCCCGCCCAGCAGACCCAAGAAGAGCCGGACGAAAGACAGGACAGGAGGGUGCACAGCCGACCUUCACUCCCGCAGAUGGCUCUCCCUGCAUGGACACCGAGAGACGGAGCAGAGGAGCGUAGACGAGAACGCUGAGCCGAGACAGGAAAGCCCGGCAGAUCUUAAAGAAGAAGCGGAUCUGAUCCCGGGGGAAGCUGGGAGACAAACUCUUGUCCCAUACAUGUCUCCAUCAUCUUCUGAUAACGGCGAUACCGGUCCGUGGCUGCGAUCCAUUUCCUUAUCCCCGAGCAUCCUACGCAGCAGCGGGCUCCCCUGUUCACCGCACGCGCCCUCCACACCCUCUAUGCAUCUUGGGCUCAGCCCGUCGCUCUUCUCCUCGCCCAGCGAGCAUCUCCUUCAUUCCGAAUCCUCCCAAGUUCUGUUCGAAGAGGUUCACCUCAGCUCCUGUUCCUCCUCUGAUCUACAGGAUUCUUGUCUUCCUGCUGCUUUCACCCUGGAUCACAGUUACCAAACACAAAGUGAGAGCAACCCAGCGAGUAGAUGUCUGAAGCACACUCGGGAUGGGAUGGAUAGGGGGGGUGACGUUGUCAGACGCGCCCAACAAUCCCAGCAGAGAAGGGCGGAAGAAAGAUGCGAGGCCAGGAGGCAACUGCUGAAGAAGGAGCCCUGCGCUAGACCCAGCGAGGAGGCCGGAAAAACGGGGAAAAGACAUAAGAGAAGAUCCCGCGGCUUCUCGCGGCUGCAGCACCUCCGGAAGAAAUGCGUGAACGGCUUUAUUAUGUUCUGCCGAGUGAACAGAAAACCUUACCUGAGUGCUCAUCCCGGUACAGCGUCCACCACAGCCACCAAGGAGCUGGCAGAACUGUGGAGAGAGAUGUCCGCUCAGGAGAGACAACCCUACCGUGUUAAAGCGCUCCAGUUCAGUCUACUCCAUGACCGUUUGGUAAAGAAACGAUCUUCGUGCGCCCCCCAGGCCGACCUCUCUCCAUUAAAGCCUCUUUCGGUGCUGCUGGCAGGGAAGACGCCGCGCCCCACCAAACCCUGACCGUGGAAACGUUCCGCAUUAACUUAUUACUUGUUUUAAUUCUCGGCAAAGAGAGACCAAAGUUACUCAAACCUGGAUUUCUUAUUUAUUCAUUAAAGGCAUUUAGCGUUUC